GCUCUCCUCGGGCUGCGCCGGAGCCACCCGGGACUCUGCGGGGAGCAUGGGCGGCCACCCGCGCAGAGCCGGGGUCCCGCUGCUCCCGCCGCUGCUGCUGCUGCUGGUGCUGCUGCCGCCAGGGGCCCUGGCCUCCGAGGCUGAGCACCGCCUGUUUGAGCGGCUGUUCGAGGAUUACAACGAGAUCAUCCGGCCCGUGGCCAACGUAUCGGAACCGGUCAUCAUCCAGUUCGAGGUGUCCAUGUCUCAGCUGGUGAAGGUGGACGAAGUAAACCAGAUCAUGGAGACCAACCUGUGGCUGAAACAAAUCUGGAACGACUACAAGCUGAAGUGGAACCCCGCGGACUACGAUGGGGCGGAGUUCAUGCGCGUCCCUGCGCAGAAGAUCUGGAAGCCAGACAUUGUGCUGUACAACAAUGCUGUCGGGGACUUCCAGGUGGAUGACAAGACCAAAGCUCUCCUCAAGUACACGGGGGAGGUGACUUGGAUUCCUCCCGCCAUCUUUAAGAGCUCGUGCAAGAUCGACGUGACCUACUUUCCAUUUGAUUACCAAAAUUGCACCAUGAAGUUCGGCUCCUGGUCCUACGACAAGGCCAAAAUCGACCUGGUCCUCAUCGGCUCCUCCAUGAACCUCAAGGACUACUGGGAGAGCGGCGAGUGGGCCAUCAUCAAGGCCCCCGGCUACAAGCACGACAUCAAGUACAACUGCUGCGAGGAGAUCUACCCCGACAUCACGUACUCGCUCUACAUCCGCCGCCUGCCGCUCUUCUACACCAUCAACCUCAUCAUCCCCUGCCUGCUCAUCUCCUUCCUCACAGUGCUCGUCUUCUACCUGCCGUCCGACUGCGGCGAGAAGGUGACGCUCUGCAUCUCCGUGCUGCUGUCCCUGACCGUGUUUCUCCUGGUCAUCACCGAGACCAUCCCCUCCACCUCGCUGGUCAUCCCGCUCAUCGGCGAGUACCUGCUUUUCACCAUGAUCUUCGUCACGCUGUCCAUCGUCAUCACGGUCUUCGUGCUCAACGUGCAUUACAGAACCCCGACCACGCACACGAUGCCCACGUGGGUGAAGACCAUCUUCCUGCACUUGCUUCCCAGGGUCAUGUUCAUGACCCGUCCGGCAGGCAGCGACGGCCACGCCCAGAAGCCCAGGCCCUCGUACCACGCAGAGCUCUCCACCCUGAACUGCUUCCGCCGCGCCGAGACCAGAGGCUGCAAGGAAGGCUGCGCCUGCCAGGACGGCGCAUGCAGCCACUGCCGCCACCGCAGGAUAAAAAUCUCCAACUUCAGCGCCAACCUCCCCAGGAGCUCCAGUUCUGAGUCCAUCAGUGCCGCGCUAUCCCUCUCGGCCCUGUCACCGGAAAUCAAAGAAGCCAUCCAGAGCGUCAAGUAUAUCGCCGAGAACAUGAAAGCACAAAACGACGCCAAAGAGAUCCAGGACGACUGGAAGUAUGUUGCCAUGGUCAUCGACCGCAUUUUUCUGUGGGUUUUCAUCCUGGUGUGCAUUCUGGGCACCGCGGGGCUGUUUCUGCAACCCCUGCUGGCCAGGGACGACGCCUGAGCGCCCAGCGCUUGCCGGGGGCCGUUCUCGUGGGGGGGAUGGGCGGCUCUCCCGUGGGGAAGUGCACGGAUCCGCGGCUGUUGCCAUCUUCAUCCUCUCUGGGCGCGCAGGUCCUGGUGGGACACACCGUGGCGCUGCCACGCAGUCCCCCCCCCCCCCCCCCCCCGCGCCCAGGUGCUCGGCUUGUAGGACCUCGCCUACCUUGCCCCACACGAGCCAACGCGCAGGGUCUGUCCUUCUGUGACCAGCCUAUUUCAUGGAUCAGAAUGUCCUCAAGGCUCCGCCGUGUCGCAGCAGGUGUCAGACGUCCUUGUCUCCAAGGCUGAGGACGCUCCUGCGUGUGUAGCGGCUUCGAGGGCCACUUGGGCGGCUCCGCAGUGCGGCUGCCACCAGUCGUGCUGCUGUGAACCGGCCGGACAGGGACGUGCUGGAGGCCCUGCCUUCCGUUCUCUGGGGUCCGUGCCCAGCCGUGGAUUGGCUCCCGCAGUAACCCUAUUUUUAACUUUUUGCGGAAGUUAAAGUUAAACAGCCUCCUGUUUUGCACCGUGGCUGCACCAUGUCGCACUCCCCGAGGGCUCGGUCCCCGCAUCCGCAUCCGCAGCAGCACUGGUUCCCUGAUAACAGCCGACACCUCCCUGCGGUUUUGAUUUGCAUUUACGUGAUGAUGAGUCACGCUGAGCAUCCUCUCCCGUGCCUGUGGGCUGUGUGUCAUCUUCUUUGGAGAGAUGUCGUCUGUUCGGGCCCUUUUUCAUUUCUCAACUGAGCUGUUUGGGUUAUUUUGUUAAGUUUUAGGAGUUCUCUAAUUAUUCCAGAUGCUAUCCUCCUAUCAGACAUGUGGUUUGUAAAUAUUUUCUCUCACUCUGUGGGUUGUCUUUUCACCCUGUGGAGUGUCUUCUGAUGCACAAAAUCUUAAAUUUUCAUUAAUUCCAGUUUGUCAGUUUUUUGUCACCUGUGCUCUUUUGUGUCACAUCCAAGAAAUCACUGCCAACUCAAGUGUUGUAAAGAAUUUCUCCUGUUUUCUUCCAAGAGUUUUAUUGGCUUUCUCCCAUCUCCUAUCAUCAAGCUACCAGCAUUGUUUGUGGCAUUUCAAGGUUUGCUUAUUUAUCCAGUUGUCUAGAUUUUAUCAAAAAGGAUUCAUGCAGGAAAAACGUCAAGCGUAUUUAUUAUAGAUGAAUGAAAAUUUAAGCAGCCUUUUUGGUAAAGAAAUGUCAAAAUACAGUUUUUCUGCAAUGUUAAGUAGUAUGCUCUACUACAGAAUAUGUAAAAGUGGCCUAAAUAAGAAAACCGUUUCCGUGUUUGUAGUGAGUGGUUGAGGCCUAACUGAACAGGAAAACUUGUUCAGAAAUGCGAGCCUCUGUUUGGGUCAGUAUCACAGGUUUCCCGAGGGUUUUCUUGGGUAGCUGCAAUCUCCUCGAAGUUCGGGACUAUUUCAGCAACACCCCGCCUGCUGCCUCCGGGACCCCAGCACCCCGGUCCGCCGCGCCCCACCACGGAGCCUGCGCCCCUAGCCCGCAUCGGCCCUGGGUCCUGCGUGUGAGGAGCUGGCCUGGCGUCGCAGUCACGGCCGGCAACGCCCUGGCCAGCAGUUCCCGGCCUGGGCUGCACCGGUGUUUCUGCCAGAUAGUGCGGCGCUCGAAGGACUGUCCUGUACAUCGUGGGACCUUCAGGCCCCCCGGCCUGUGCCCACUAGACGCCAGUGACACGGCUCCGGUCCCCUGCCGGUCGGGCAACCAAAAAUGUCUCCAAAACCCAGGUGUCCCCUGGAGGGCAAAACUGCCAGAUCGAGAACCGCUGCCGUGGAGCCUUGUGUGCUGCAGGCGGCGGGUGAGCAGGCGCCACGAGGAGGGGGGCUUUGCGGAGACCAGCUCGAUCUCCCCCUCAGUCAUUCUGAUGCUUUGGCUGCAGAAAUAAAACUGACGAAAUUGCAGGCGGCUGUGACUCGUGUUUCAGGAGGUCAGAGGGAGAUUUCUGUAAAAUGUGUUUCCUUACAGAACCUUAAAUAACAGUACCGCGGACUGAGGAGGCACCAGGGAUAGAUAGCUACCGGGCAUUCACACUCCUCAAACCGAACGAUCACUUGUGAAAUGACCGUGAGCGUGUGCCUGGGAUCGAACACAGGGAGGAGGCCCGCCUCUGCCUUCCCGCGUUGGCUCGCCCCCGGACGGCUACCACUAGACAGAAGGCACUGGUUCUCUCCGGAGCUAGGAGCUGCGUCAGAGGCAGCAGCGCUUUCAUCUGUGCUCUCCCCGGCCCAGCGGCUCGCGCCACCGAGAUGCAGAGUCUGGCUCCUUCACCUGGGACGGACCGUCCGUCCUGAGGACGGUGACGCAGUGAGAGGCCGAGGCUGUGACCUCUGCAGGCCCUCGCAACCGGAAGGCUCUAGCGCUGCUACUGUUGGGACCACGGAAUCCCACGUGUAGCGAGGUGCUUCUACCACCUAGAAACCACCUUUCAUCUCGGAGGAUGGCUUCUUCACAGUACAAUUUGAUAGUAUCCAUAGACUUUUCUUUUUUUAAGUUUUAAAACUGGGAUUCACUUAAUUGCAGAGGACUGUUCUAAGAUGAAGAAUACAGAAAUGCUACAAUUUAUACAGAAGAUGAUUAAUUGUGGAAAAUGUAGACAAAGGGCUUGGAAUUAAUGUUAAGGAGGUAUUAGCACAUGUCCACAGGGGUUGUCUAUUGUAUGAUUUUGUAAUGGACAGCAAGCUACAAAAAUAAUACAAUAAUUGUUCAGUUGGAGCAGCUAAGGAAAAAAGUAAGCCUUAAAGGAAUUCCCAUUUUUGAAAAUGUCAGUCAUAGAAACUCAGCAUCACAUUAAGUCGUGAUCAAACCACGUAGCUCGCUUACUGAGCACAGCAGCAGAACCCACGCCGAAGGCCGGCCGCUCCCCACGGAUACAGGACAGAGACUUAAAAUGUGUACCUUUACCAAACGCAGGAAAAGCUCUGAAAUCAAUCUCCAAAUGCAACCGGAGUUUUCUGACACAAUCAAAAGAUGAGCUUCACUUUUGAUUACAAAGGGUGUUAUUUGCCAUGAUCCACAUGUGAUUUUCUCACUAGCACAGUUCAUAUACUCUCCUGCUAUUUUUGGACCAGAUGUGGAGUCAGCAAGUGCUUCAGUCAUGCAGGUAAAAUGUUCCAGUGGACAGUCUAUUAAGAUAAACCUAUGUUAGCAACUGUUACUCUGCUAAGGCUGCCAUCCAAUUUUAGGCACAAUUUACAUUUUCUAACUUUAUAGUGUCCACAGCUACGUAUGCCUUUGGUAACUACGGCCCCUUGGGAAGCAUCACUUAUUUGCAUCUCCAAUGUGAACCGGGACUAUGAUGUUUGCCCACUUAUAAAUAACAGGGACGAAAAGCCCAAGAGAUCCAACCACUGAAACCAGAAGAAAAGUCCACAGAAACAUCCGAUCAAGCACCUGCGCUAUGAAUUUCCAAUCUUCAACGACCUGUUGCAAAAAAAGAAAAAAAAAAACCACACAUACAUUAAAUACAUGAUUUAAAAUUGCGCGAUUACCCUAAGAUACUACACACGAGGUUAGAGGCGAGAUGAGUUUCCACUUCGCAGCAGUGAAGAACCCUGCGCUCAGCUCGAGGACACACUUCCCGGCAGGGACUCCACAAGCUUUCAGACAUGCCACGCAGUCUAUUAAUUCACACUUGGAUUUGUCAUAGAUUACAAGUGGCAUAUUUUGAUAGAUUUUUAAUAAAAAUCAGGAAUAUACUACUUAUUUUAUAAUAAACUAAAAUCUCUUUGAUUCUUA